AUGGCGGACGCACAAAAGCAAAUGCAGGCACUUACCGAGGAGUUUCAGGCCUUGCAGACGGAGCUUGACGGUCUCGUCGAAGCGCGCCAGAAGCUCGAAUCCCAGCAACAGGAGAACGUCGGCGUCCAGAAGGAAUUCAACUCCCUCGAUGACGAGUCGAACAUUUACAAGUUGAUCGGACCGGUCUUGCUGAAGCAGGAGAAGAGUGAGGCCUUGAUGGCCGUCAAUGGACGUCUUGAGUUCAUUGAGAAGGAAAUCAAGCGCAUUGAGGGACAGAUCCAGGAGAACCAGGACAAGUCUGAUAAGAAGCGCACUGAGAUCGUUCAGUUCCAGACUCAGAUGCAACAAGCGGCGGCGGCGGCUUCUGCUUGA